UAACGAAGUAAGUCUCACUUCUCGGAUCGAUAAUCGGAAUCCCAUUGGCCAUCCCAUCAUUAAAAAAUUAUUCCUCUACCUUCCACCUCAUGAGGUUUCCAUGAACCAUCACCCAUUUCAACACAGUCCCAACACUCAAAAACUAAAACCACGCCAAAUUUUGAGUCGGAAAUCAAACCACUCACGUUUCAGCAAGUCACUGUUUUCCCAAUACAAUUACGUUUUGUAAUCGAAAUAUUUUCACCAUAGUUCAUCAAAAUUCAGAGACCCUGGUGUGGGAAAAUUCCCAGUUACCACGACGACGGCGGCGUAGCGAUCAUUUUCCGAGAAUUUUGUCUCGUCGCCUCGAAAAGUAGAGGUGUACAGACAAGAAAAUCUUGUAUCGCUUUUUUAAUGUAGAUUUUUGCCUGGCAGAAACCAGGAACAUGGGGUACCACCACCAAGUAGCUAGUGUUUGAGUUAGUAUCAGAUAUAGUGUUUAUGGCUUCCAGUUCUAGAAUUAACCAGGCCUUCAUGGCAACAAGGGCAUUAGGAAUUCCUGAUGAAGAGGUGAAACCACUUUUGAAGCAGCUGUUGAAAGUAUAUGAUAAAAAUUGGGAAUUAAUUGAGGAAGACAACUAUCGGACGCUUUUAGAUGCAUAUUUUGAGCUUAAGGAGAAUAAGGGAGUAGAAGAUAAAAGUAGGAUUAAAGGUGAUGCAGAGCAUAAGCGGUCUGAUAAACCAUCUAAAAGACUGCAUGUGGCAGAACAAGAAAAUCAAACUUCAUCUAUCAUGGAUGAACCUAGCAGAGCAUUGGAUUUGGAAGAAAGUGAAAUGCCUCAAACAACUUCAAAACUGGAAAUCAAGGACCGUUCUCAACCAUGUUUAGCUGAUAGUAGAACUGACUCUGGAUCUCAACUUAUCCGAUCAAAAUUCACUGACAAAGGAAAGCAACCCAUUUUAUCUCAUGUUCCCUCUGGAUGUAGAAAAUCAAAUUCCAAGAAGCCAUUAUCUGCACAAGAGCAAGCAAAUAAACCAAGUUGCAUUUGUAUUGAAAGAGAAAAUAUGUCAAGUAAAGUCCAGAGGAGAGAGUUGAUAAAGCCAAAAGCUGAGCAACCUGUUGCUGGCUUACCACUUUCUGGUAAACCUAUUUCUAUGACCAAUUCAGGUCUUCCACGUUCAUCUGAGAAAUCGAAUGGAGAUCGUUCUGUCAAACCUCUGAUAUCAAAGUAUGAGAAUAUGCACAAGAAAGAUGUUUGCUCCGCACACAACUACAAUGGAAAUUGUAAGACUAAUCUUAAUAUUGCUUCUUCACCUUUAGGAGAAGUGAAAAUUUUGUUGAACUGCGACUCUGCACUUGGACAAAGAAACUUCCAGAUACCAAGAUUUGAUGAAGUUCUGAAUUUUGUGGAGGAUAAAUAUAUCAGAUCAUACAAGAUUGUAAAACCUCAAUUUUCUGUGAUGAAGUUAUUGAAAGAUUUAUGUGAGAGUUUUUUGAAGCUGGCUACUGAUUCUCCUGAUAUUUCUUUUCCUAUUAGUUCCUCUGCUGGAGUUCUUAAAAAUUGUUGUGAUGGUUCCAUAACAUAUUUAAAUGGUAACGAUUCAGAUUCUUCCAAGUAUUCAAGUGAACAUAAUUUGGAGUUUCACAGCAAAUCAUUCAAUCAUAAUGGGAAGAGGCCAUCACAAUAUCUUGAUGAUAUUACAAAAGGGUCAGAAAAGGUGAAAAUAUCGUUGACAAAUGAAUUUGGCAAUGAGCAUCUUCCAAAGUUUAAUUACAUUCCACACAAUGUAAUAUACCAAAAUGCUAAUGUAAAUAUUUCGUUGGCUCGGAUUGUUGAUGAGGAUUGUUGUUCAAGUUGUUCAGGGGAUUGUCUUUCAUCAUCAAUACCAUGUGCUUGUGCUCGUGAAACUGGUGGAGAAUUUGCCUACACACAACAAGGCCUUCUGAGAGAAGAUUUUCUGCGAGCUUGUUUGUCCAUGAAAAAGGAUCCACAAGAACAUCACUUUGUUUAUUGUCAAGAUUGCCCAAUAGAGAGGUCUAAUAAUGAGUCCAUGCCUGAGCAAUGCAAGGGUCAUUUGGUCAGAAAGUUCAUUAAAGAAUGCUGGAGAAAAUGUGGAUGUGACAUGCAAUGUGGAAACCGAGUGGUGCAACGAGGUAUUACAUGCAAAUUGCAGGUAUUCUUGACUUGUGAAGGAAAAGGCUGGGGUCUCAGAACGCUAGAGGUUUUGCCUAAGGGAACAUUCGUAUGUGAAUAUGUUGGAGAAGUACUAACGAACUUGGAGUUGUAUGAUCGGAAUUUGAAAAGUAGUGGUAAUGAAAGACAUACAUACCCGGUAACACUUGAUGCAGAUUGGGGCUCAGAAGGAAUUUUGAGGGAUGAGGAGGCACUUUGUCUGGAUGCAACAUUUCAUGGAAAUGUUGCAAGGUUUAUCAAUCAUAGAUGCUCUGAUGGAAACUUGGUUGAAAUUCCAGUUGAAGUGGAGACUCCUGAUCGGCAUUAUUAUCAUCUUGCCUUUUUUACAACCAGACAAGUGUCUGCCAUGGAAGAGCUGACUUGGGACUAUGGGAUUGACUUUGAUGACCGCAGUCAUCCUGUGAAGGCAUUUCGGUGUCGUUGUAAAAGUUCAUUCUGUCGAGACAAGAAAAGGAAAAGAAAGUAAGUCUUGACUAUAAAACUACAGACAACAGCCACUGAAUUUGAUUGCUCAUAAGUAAAUUCACUCUUCUGCAGGAAGUAAGUCUUGAUUAUAAAACUUCCGACAACAACCACUGACUGGUGGACUGAUUCCAAUUUGUCAAAUCUACCACAUCCCAUUACAUGCUUGCGCUUCUUGCUUCAGAAUUAUAGAAACAUUUUUUUUUUUUUUUUU